AUGAAGAAUCUUGUCAUAUGGGAUUGGGUUUUCCUUGCGAGGUUCUGUUUUUUAUCCCAUCAGGGACGAUUCGAGUAUAAUAUAGAAUUCAAUGAGGAAAAUGGAGAUCCAAAUUUACUAUUGUAUUAUGAUACUAAAGAUCAGUGGCCUUCGGUCUAUAAGACGCAAAAGACAUGUGCUGAAAAAGAAGCAGUUGUUCACGUGGACCAAAAUCAGGUGAUCAAUCUAACUGCCCGUUUACCAAAUUACAAGACCCUAGCAGGAUGUUUCUAUGCAAAUGAGAGACCAACUGGUAUGAAGGGAAAAGGCACGAAAAACUCAGAUAAAACCUAUACCAUCACCAUUCCUACCCUACCUUCAAGAAAAAAGAUGCCAACAAUGGCAUCCACUUCAAAAGAAGUACAAUCUACCACUAUUUUCGAUUAUUCUGCAUCCACCAUUGAGUACGAUACUGAAGCAACUUCAUUCACAGACUGGACCUCAGAAACCACAACUGACUCAACUGAAAGUGAAAAUCUAGGAGUUGAAAAUGAAAUUUUUGAAACGACAACGCAAACGGAUGUUAUAAAUAGGACGAGAAAAGUUUUAGUAAAGAGAUUCGUCCCUGAGUUUCGAAGCAGUAAUCAAAAGAUGAAUCGAAACGUUAUAUGCCAUAAUGGACGAAGUUUCACAAGUUCCAGGGAGAGGUGGUGGUUUGUAGCUUUGAGCAACUGUAAGAGCCACAAGGGUAUACAUGUAAAAUAUAGAAUCUUGAUGACUAAUGGCCCACCUGGUGACUACUGGCAUGAGCAUCUUUCAGCAGAUGAAUUUUAUAUUCUCCCGAUUCUAACAGCUUUCACGGUUUCUUAUACGGUUCUCCUGCUAGUGAUAGUUGUGAGUGCCGCAGAACUAAAAGCGAGACAACUCCUUCAUACAACGUACAAAAUUUUUUUCUUGUCGGUAAUCCUACAGCUUUUUGGGAUAAUGUUGCAGACAAUUGCGUAUUUGAAAUACGCGAUGACUGGCUUGGACACGAUGAGACUAAAGAGGUUUGGUUCAAUUUUUAUGGGGGCCUCAGAAACUUGCUUUCUCUUGUUACUCCUUUUGCUGGCAAAGGGAUAUACUGUAACUCGAGGUCGCUUACCGGUUUCUUGUAGCAUAAAGCUGACAAUUUUCAUGUGCUGUUACGUUGUCACUUAUAUAGCCAUAUUCAUAUAUGAAUCAUUAGUUUUUGAUCCAGGGGAGGUAUUGUAUUUGUUCGAGUCUCCAGCUGGAUAUGCCUUAAUAAUGUUGAGGUUGUUGGCAUGGUGCAUGUUCAUUUAUUCAACAAUAUUCACUUUGAAGCAUUAUCCGGAGAAGGGGAAUUUUUACUACCCUUUCAACAUUUGUGGAACAUUGUGGUUUGUUGCCGGACCAGCAUUCAUUUUAUCUGGUAACACCUACAUAGACAAAUGGGUCAGAGAAUCGGUGGUUUGUGCUAUGUUGCUCUUCAUUGCUUUUGGGGGACAUCUCAGUUUCUUAAUUCUAACGAUGCCAUCAGUGGCAAAUAAAAACUUUCCAUUCCACGUACGCACAACUCAAAUCGGUGUUUUGGAAUUACAUCCCCGAAAUGGAACAACUACAGUGGAAAAUUUCGUACAUCAUCCAUACGAACCGACGAUAGCUGAACAAACGAUCAUAAUACCACUAACAAGAAGGACUGAAGAGAUUUUCGAAGGCAUGUACAACCGACCAACGUACAGUAGCGUCAAGAGAACUGAUGAAAGUCAAGAGAUUCAGAUUGAACGAGAUAACAUGAUGGAGAAUGUGCUGAAUUGGAGCGUGGCCAAAAAUCCACCCACGUUGGACUACUCGCAGUUUGUUGCACAUAGAAGGGAAAGUAUAGUUUCCGGAAACUCGAUGAUUUCCACUGGAACCCCUGCGCAUAAUGAUAGGAGAGAUUCGCAAACCAAUCAAUCAAUCUCCGGGAGAUAUGACGAUUAUAUGCAUGAUGUUCCCCUCGAACUAUUCACAAUCAGUAAAAUGUCACUAAGUACACAUGAUUCCACAAAUCGACAAAAUAGUGAAAUGAACAAUCACCACGAACAACAUUAGCACAGCCCUAAGCAAAUUUUUAUACUCACAGAAUAAAUUGAGACCAAUAACUUUUCAAGAUGAUACGUACAACUCAUUAUUAUAAAAUUGUGAUCAAAUAAAGUUAGAUUUUUCUUGUUAACAA